CUUCUUCCCCCGCCCGCCCGCCCUCCCCCCGCGUGCGGGCGAGAGCACCAGCAGAUUCCGCUUCCAAUUCCGCCGCCGCCGCGGCCUUGACCGCCUCGCCUCACCCGUCGCCACCGGCCUGGUCACCUCCCAUUCUACUCCGUGCCAUAGGGGCCUGACAGGGACAGCCUACCGGCCCAGCGGAGGACGGCGUCAGGACAAGUGCUCCCGAGCAACAAGUAUACCGGCAGCGCUUCGCUGCCGCUCGGUGCUCGAGCUCCACAUACACCAGCAGGCUGCUGCAGCAGCACGCCAGCACGAGCGGGAGCGGGAGGGAGGAGGGAGCGCUAGCUGCUUGAUUCGGUCAACUCCUGCGCGCCCGCGGCAGGAUCAAGGCCAAUGGGGCGGCAGCGGAGGCCGUGGGCGGCGGCGGCCGCCGCCGCUGUUCUGCUCGUCGCAUCCUGCGUCGCGGCGGCGCCGCUGCAGCAGCAGCACAAGCACGCCAGGAUCUCAGGAGACGCCGGCGGCGUGCUGGAUGACAACCCGGUGGGGAAGCUGAAGGUGUUCGUGUACGAGAUGCCGCGCAAGUACAACCAGAUGCUGCUGGCCAAGGACAGCCGGUGCCUGCAUCACAUGUUCGCGGCCGAGAUCUUCAUGCACCAGUUCCUGCUGUCCAGCGCGGUGCGGACGCUGGACCCGGAGGAGGCCGACUGGUUCUACACCCCCGUCUACACCACCUGCGACCUCACGCCGCAGGGCUUCCCCCUCCCGUUCCGGGCGCCGCGGAUCAUGCGCAGCGCCAUCAAGUACGUCGCCACCACGUGGCCCUACUGGAACAGGACCGAGGGCGCCGACCACUUCUUCCUCACGCCCCACGACUUCGGCGCCUGCUUCCACUACCAGGAGGAGCGGGCGAUGGAGAGGGGCAUCCUGCCGCUGCUCCGGCGCGCGACGCUGGUGCAGACGUUCGGGCAGCGGAACCACGUGUGCUUGCAGGACGGAUCCAUCACCAUCCCGCCCUACGCCAACCCGCACAAGAUGCAGGCGCACCUCAUCAACCCCGGCACGCCGCGCUCCAUCUUCGUCUACUUCCGCGGCCUCUUCUACGACAUGGGCAACGACCCCGAGGGCGGCUACUACGCCAGGGGCGCGCGCGCGUCGGUGUGGGAGAACUUCAAGGACAACCCGCUGUUCGACAUCUCGACGGAGCACCCGUCGACGUACUACGAGGACAUGCAGCGCGCCAUCUUCUGCCUGUGCCCGCUGGGGUGGGCGCCGUGGAGCCCGCGGCUGGUGGAGGCGGUGGUGUUCGGCUGCAUCCCGGUGAUCAUCGCCGACGACAUCGUGCUGCCCUUCGCGGACGCCAUCCCCUGGGAGCAGAUCAGCGUGUUCGUGGCGGAGCGCGACGUGCCGCGCCUCGACUCCAUCCUCACCUCCAUCCCGCUCCAGGACAUCCUCCGGAAGCAGCGCCUGCUCGCCGGCGCGUCCGUCAAGCAGGCGCUGCUCUUCCACCAGCCAGCCAGGCCCGGGGACGCCUUCGACCAGGUACUCAACGGGCUGGCGCGCAAGCUGCCGCACGGCAAGGGCGUGUUCCUCCAGCCCGGGGAGAAGGUGCUCGACUGGGACGCCGGGCUGGAGAGCGACCUCAAGCCCUGGUAGGCGCAGCAGCGCCUGCUUUCACAUUUCUUCAUGUUCUUUUGUUUUCUUUUCUUUUACAUCCGUCGAUGGAUGGAUGGAUGGAUCACGCAUUAGUUUGUGCACGACCAGUUUACACGCAGCAGCAAUAUAGAGUGAGAUUUCUCGGGAGAUAUGGGAGAGGCAGCCCUUGUGUGAUUUAGAUUUAGUGGUCACUGCAUCGAUGGUUGCCAUGUGUUUUAGCAUUUGUAAAUCGAGCUAAUUAACCCGUUCUGCUUUUACUUGAUC